AUGCCUUGUAAUUGGUUAUUAGUUGAAGAUACUAAAUUAUGUAAAAACCCAGCAAAAGGACAAUAUUGUGCUACCCAUAUAUUCAAGAUUCGAAAAGGUAUAAUAAUUUUACAACCCUGUAAAGGAUAUGGUCGAGAGAUUAAAUCAAGCCUUCAGCUUUGUGUUCCAUGUAGCCAAGGAUAUAAAUAUGCCAGAGAUCUUAUGCAUUAUUUAGAAGAUAUUCUACCAAUUGAUUUAGAUGAAUACGCCCAAAGAGAAGACAUAUGUAGAAGAUGUCCAAUUACUAUGUUAUCUAUUGUCGAAAGAGGAAUGAGUCUUUUCACUAUAGAAAGAAAUGGAAAAAUGUCUUUAGAUAACUUGAUCGAGAUGAAUUACUUCAGCUUAUCUGCAUUAUUAGAAAUGUGUUGGGAUAAUAAUAAAGCACGCAAAUGGAAAAGUGUUAUACUUGUGAAAUUCCUCCAUCAUCCGAAUUUGAUUUCCUCAAAAUAUA